GGGCUAACCACGACGCCUCUCAGUCUCCCACACACCGAACGCUGCAUCGAACUCUAUCUAUAUCCCUCUCUCUCUAAUGGCGGCCCAAGCUCGAAAAGGCGGAAUCUCCCUCCCGGAACGGCGGAACCCUAAGAAGGAAGGCGACGGCGUGAUCGCGAAGCUCGCGCAGUCCGAAAUUGUCAUUCGGGGAAAGCAAGCCGCAAACGACGCCGCAUUUGUCACGAAGAAGCUCAUGAAGAGCACCGGCAAGGCCGCCUGGAUCGCCGGUACCUCGUUCCUCAUACUGGUGGUGCCGUUGAUCAUCGCCAUGGACCGCGAGCAGCAGCUCAACGAGCUCGAGCUCCAGCAGGCCAACAUCCUGGGCGCUGCGCCGCCCCAGAAGUAAGUCGAGCCGGGUCCGGUUCGGUUCGGGUCUAAGACAUCGGUACCAUCCCCCUUCUCUUUACACCAUUCUGUAUCGUUAGGGUUCGAGAUUGGUGAAUCUUUUUUGGGAGAGGGGUUUUCUGUGAUGAUUGCGUAAUUUCCUAGGGUUUAAGUGAAAUUCGAUUUGGGAUUACAAUAAUUUGUAGGUCUGGUGUUUUGAUUUUGAGAUAAUGAGUAGAUUGAAUUACUGAAACUUCCGGCGGUUUGUAUGAAUCGUAUUUGAGAAUUAAAAGUUUUAGAGCUGAAUUUGUUUUCAGGAUUAGUAAAUUUUGUGCUGCUUGAUUUAGUAUUCAGGUGGUGAUAACAAUGAUAUUUGAAGUGGAUUUACAUGGGCAUGUGUUCUGCUUUGUUUAAUUUAUGGCUUUUUUCAAAGAA